UAUAUACGUCGGAGAAUUCUCCACCUCCGUCAAUGGCGUCGUCUUCCUCCUCCUCCCUCCUGGUAGCCACCGUGUUCCUGCUGACAGCAGUUUCGCUAUUCUCACCGUCACAGUCGGCCACGUGUGCGUCACAGACGUUCACCGGCGGCCGCGACAGGGUGUACACUUUCUGCACCGAUCUCCCCGCCCUCGAUUCGUACCUCCACUGGUCGUACGACCAACCGGAAUCGACCCUAUCCAUCGCCUUCGUCGCCGCCCCGACCCGACCCGAGGGAUGGAUUUCGUGGUCCAUCAACCCGACGGGCACCGGCAUGGUGGGCGCGCAGGCACUCGCCGCGUUCCGGGAUUCGAGGGGCGGGAUGGCCGUUAAGACCUACAACGUGACGGGCUACGGACCGUUGAAGGAGUCUAGGGUUUGGUACGAGGUGAAGGAGUCGUCGGCGGAAUAUUCCGGUGGGGUUAUGAGGCUGUUCGCCACCCUUGUUUUGCCGGCGAAGGGGUUGACGGCGGUGAACCACGUGUGGCAGGUGGGCCCCUCGGUGACGGGAGGGGUGCCAGAUAAGCACGAGUUUAAGGCGGGGAAUAUGAAAGCCAAAGGUAUUCUUGAUUUGUUGAGAGGACAGAGCAAUGGUGCUGCCGGUGGUGAUUCUAAAACCAACAAGAGGAAUAUUCAUGGGAUACUAAAUGUAGUGAGCUGGGGUAUAAUGUUUCCAAUUGGAAUAGUAAUGGCAAGAUACUUGAGAACGUUUCCUUCCGCCGAUCCGGCAUGGUUUUAUCUACACGUUUCGUGCCAAGUUUCUGCAUACGCCAUCGGUGUGGCUGGCUGGGCGACCGGUCUAAAGCUCGGUAGUGAAUCCAAAGGCGUUACUUAUUCGUACCAUCGCAAUAUUGGCAUCGCCCUCUUUGUUCUAUCGACUUUGCAGGUAUUUGCAUUACUAUUGAGACCGAAAAAGGACCACAAGUACCGAUUGUAUUGGAACAUAUACCACCACGGAGUCGGAUACUCGGUUCUAAUCCUCUCCAUCAUCAACGUCUUCAAAGGCUUCGACAUAUUAAAGCCCGAACCCAAAUGGGAAAAUGCAUAUAUUAUUGUUAUCGGAAUUGUCGGAGGCGUUGCAGUGUUGUUGGAAGCAAUCACGUGGACCGUAGUCGUACGGAGGAGAAAGUCGAAGAACCAAUCUCUUUCACCAUGAUCAAAGAGAUCUUGGCCCUUCAUUUGCAAUGUGUUGUGUGAAUUCAUUAGCUUAUUCUAGUGAACUACAUUUUUGGCCCCCAUGAAUAUGUGGAGCUUGACGAAAUAAUGUUGGGUUUAUUGUAUUAGACUAUUAGUCAGUACAUGUGUUAGAUUAAAUUGCCAAAAAUACCUAUAAGUUGUAAAAAAAAAUUACUUGGCAUUUAAU